AUGACUACGCCACUUUUUGCCCUUGCCAAUACCCUCAUCAACGGUGUCCUCACUCUCGAGUCUGUGUAUGCAAAGAAUGGAAGCUCGUUUCCAUCUCUCGACGAGCCGUUCGUGCCAAAUGCCCUGGAUAACGAUGCAGUACUCGCCGCCACAACUCGCUUGAUCGUGGGAGCAGCUGCUCAGAUAAUCGCUACUGUUCGUCCUCCUGUAGAAACCUUGCAGGACUAUGCUCUGUCUAUGUACACCCCUGCUACACUCGGGCUAGCUGUAGACUGUAACUUUGCCGACGUACUCGAAUCCGUCGGACCGAAGGGUCUACACUCCAGAGACAUUGCUCAGAAAGUAGGCUUGGACGAGGAGAAGACCGCUCAUGUCCUCCGCUAUCUCGCCACUCGACAUGUCUUCCGGGAAGUUGCCCCCAACGUCUUCGCCAGCAAUCGUCUGUCUUCGGUAUUAUGCAAAGGCUCCUCGAUCCAGAGCAUCAAGGAGGAUCCUGCAAAUCACUACGAAGGAGCUCCAGUGGCUGCUUCCAUAGCUCACUUCUGCGAUGAAGGUCUGAAGGGCAGCUCAGCUAUAGCCUCAUGGGUCAAGGAUCCCAAGGGGUACACAGCACCGGUGAACAUGGCGUUCGACACGAAGCUUCUUCUCUUCGAGUGGUUCGAACAACCAGGCAACGAGUGGCGUAUUCAGAGAUUCACCGCAGCGAUGAAGGGUGCCACCUCACGCUUUAAACUGGAGUCCUUCACGUCAGCUUUGGGUAGACUGUCGCUCAAACCCGACGAUGUCGUGGUUGACGUAGGAGGAAAUGUCGGGAUGCUUUCCUUGAAUAUGUUGACGGCGUACCCGCAUCUUCGCUUUGUGGUCCAGGAUCUUCCGAACGUCAUCUUAGGUGCAGAACAGUAUUGGCGCACCAACAACCCCGAAGCCCUCGCCGAAAAACGGGUCACUCUGCAGGCCCAUAGCUUCUUCGACCUCCAGCCCGUUCAGAACGCAGCCGUGUACUUCAUGCGUGCUAUCCUCCACGAUUGGCCCACUCCCGACUGCAUCACGAUCCUGAAAAACAUUCGUCAAGCGGCUGGACCAACAUCCAAACUCUUGGUCUUCGAACACAUUCUACCACUCGCCUGCGCCGAAACUUCGACAGAAUUCGACGUGACCGACGACACUAUCCCUCCAGCGCCUUGGCCUAUGCUCCCGAAUCUUGGUGUUGGGCUCGGAGCGUGGGUUACCGCGCUGGAUAUGCAGAUGAUGAACCUGCUGGAUGGUCAGGAGCGAACGAUAGCCCAGUUUGCUGAGCUUGGGGCCGCUACGGGGUGGAAACUUGAGUCCGUGAAGCCGGGAGGAAUGGCUGCAUUUAUCUAUUCGGCGGCGUGA